AUGGCCGCUUCAAUCACUGACCUCCAACAAGUGGCGUGUUCUUUUGACAAUCCAAGUCGUUCAUUGCACCAAAUUAUGCUCAAUCUGCUGGAGGAUAAUGAGGUAGAAACCCGCCGCAUUGCCACAUCACAACUUAAAGAUUUUUGCCUAGUCAGUCCACAACAAAUUCUGCUGACUGUUUUACUCCCCCAACUGCGAGAACAUUUGUUCAUGGAGCAGGAAGAAUCGGUGCGUGCCGAAUUGGUUCGCUGUGCGGUUUCCCUACUACCUUCGAUUCGUCGCGAGGAUUCAUUACCCCUGGUCCAGCAUAUCCUGUCCUUUUUGAAUGAUAGCGUCGCUCAAUCCAAACAGUAUGUGUUUCAACAUUUCUCCGAAUUGGUUGCUCUGAUGCCCACGAACGAGGUACAGUUAACACUAUUGCCGAGCCUACUGCGCCUUUGGCAAGAUAAAAACUGGCGUGUUCGUUUGGGUGUCGUUCAGUCCGUCCCCUGUCUGUACCCGAAUUUGCCGGAAUCCUGCGUUCGAGAAACUGUAUUGCCAGCCAAUCUGGCCUGGUUGCGCGAUCCUUCUUGGUACGUUCGUGAGUGUGCUUGUCGUAGUCUGGCUCGUUUGCUUCGAGCGUUUCCCGGACUGUGCAAAGAAGUACUGAAUGGCGUAGGUCAGAAGGCCGCCGCUGCUGCGGCAGCCGCCGUGACUGGUCAAACUCAAUCCCCGAACGCAAACAAUACAACAUCAACGACCGCGACUGGUGGUGCAGGAACCUCAAACAAUACAGCCGCGUCCUUGAACUCUCCAGCAAACACCUCAUCGAUCGGGAAUACCACAUCCCCGGGUGGCCAAAAUCAAACCAACCCGGACACCAAUAAUCCUUCAAACCCCGGCUCCGUUUCCGGGAUGACCAAUUCCUCGUUCGCCGUGAACGCGAGCAACUCAACGCUCAAUUCAAUCAAUGCCCUCACUGCUCAAGCGGCUGCUGGUGGCUUAAAAGCACUGGCCACUGAUACCAACUAUCAUCUGCGGCAAAUAUACAUAACAGCUGUCCAGACUAUCUGGGGUCCUGGUAUACCUGAUGAAUCCCCCUACAGCGCGACUGGAGAUAAUCCCGACAUGGGAAUUUGUCUCCCGGGGGUACGUAACGCAUACACGGCUGUUUCCACCAAACAAUCCGGUUCCAUUCCUGUUCCCGAAUGUUGCCAGCCUCCACCACAACUACCUGGCACGCAUUUAUCGACCUGCGCGAGUCAGCUACUUCGUUUGGCCGCGGAGGAUGUUGUUGCAAAUGUCCGUAUUUGUGCCGUUCAAGCCCUACAGCUUGUGUCCGGCGGCUUGGAUAAGAAGUUUGUUCAAAAGGAGGUGUUACCUGCUUUGAAGAAGAUCGCCGAAAGUGAUUCAGAUGCAGAUGUACGAUUUUAUGCGAUUGAAAGCAUGACUGUUCAAAACCCCAGUCGUGUCGUUCGAACACAGAGCAUCAUCUAUCUAGUCUGUUUCAUGCAUCGGUUCACAGUUUCGGUCGCCCUGAACCUCGACGCCUUCUAA